AAUAUCACUCAUCCAUUAAUCAUACAUAUUACAACAAUAACACGUAGUUUCUCAAGGAGAAGCGAGAUAUCGAAAUAAAAAAAAAAAAAAUGGCUCAACCCAAGAUGUUUUAUCUUGGGUGCUUAGUUUUGUUGUUGGCCAUCGUGGUUGAGGCGGCCAGUACUCCUCCGGGAAUCGCUAAAAAUCCUGCAAGAGCCUCUUGUAAGAAAAAGGAGUAUAAAAUGUGUUACAACUUAGAACAUGUUUGUCCUAAAUUUUGUCCUGAUAGUUGUGAGGUUGAAUGUGCUUCUUGUAAGCCUAUUUGUUCUUCUACUUCUUCUAGUGAACAUCAUUCACGGCCAUCUUCGUCCUCCUCAUCAUCAGCGGCAUCAUCCGCUGCAUCAUCAGCAGCAUCAUCUGCGUCAUCAUCAUCAGCAUCAUCUGCCACAUCGUCUGCUUCAUCAUCAGCAUCUGCAGCCGCAGCAGCUGCUGCCGCCGCCGCCGCUGCAGCAGCAUCAUCGGCAUCCUCCGGUUCCUCAUCAUCAUCUUCUGCAGGAGGCCCAGGAUCGUCAUCUCAUAAUUCAUCGUCAUCACACUAUUACCCACCAUCUUCAACACCAUCCCCUAAGCCAUCAACCCCAGCUUCUUCCUCACCCACUCCUAAACCAGCAACGCCUUCUCCUUCUACCCCAACCCCUCCAUCACCUCCAAGCCCUACUCCAACUACUCCAGCUACACCUUCUUCUCCUCCUAAAUCCAAUGUUGGCUCAAGAAAUAGAGCUAGAUGUAGGAACAAGAACUACGGACAGUGUUACAAUCAAGAGCACGUUUGCCCGGCUAAUUGCCCUACUUCAUGUCAAGUUGACUGCAACACUUGCAAGCCCGUCUGUAAUUGUGACUAUCCAGGAGCAGUAUGUCAAGACCCUCGCUUCAUUGGUGGAGAUGGUAUCACCUUCUAUUUCCAUGGUAAGAAGGAUAAAGAAUUUUGCCUAGUGACUGAUCCUAACCUCCACAUCAACGCACACUUCAUCGGAAAAAGGAAUGAAAACAUGGGACGUGACUUCACUUGGGUUGAGUCCAUUGGAAUCCUUUUCGACAACCAUCGUCUCUUCUUUGGUGCCAGGAAGACAUCCAAAUGGGAUGACGCCAACGACCGUCUCUCCUUGGCUUUUGACGGAGAGCCCAUAUUCCUAGACGAAACAAUAGGUUCUCAAUGGUCAUCAACCUCCACGCCAGAAGUCACCAUAACAAGGACGAGUGAAACCAACAACAUUGUUGUUGAAAUCCAAGGGAAACUCAAGAUCACGGCACAAGUAGUACCUAUUACCAACGAAGAUUCUAAGGUACACAACUACGGCAUAACCAACGAGGACCGUUUUGCUCAUCUGGACCUCGGGUUUAAGUUUUACUCAUUGACCGGAAAGGUUGAUGGUGUAUUGGGGAAAACUUAUAGGGAUGAUUACGUGAGUCGAGUGAACAUGAGAGUAUCCAUGCCGGUAAUAGGAGGAGAAAGAGAGUAUGCAACUAGCAAUAUCUUUGCCACUGAUUGUUUGGCUUCGAGGUUUGCUGGUGCACAAGAAGAGACUUCAACGGAGACUAUGGAACUUGCUAGCAUGAACUGUGCUAGUGGCAUGAAUGGACGUGGUGUUGUUUGCAAGAGAUAACUCAAAAUAACUUCCAAUCAUCAUGGGAAUUUUUAAAAUUUAAAGAUCUAUUUAUCCAUUGAUAAAAAUGUAUGUACAAAGCUGAAUGUCGUAAAGAUUGUUUGGCCUUUUUAUUGUAUGCUUGAAAACUUAAAACCUACAGAAUUGUUUGUAAUAAAAAUCAUCACGUUGUAAGAUGAUCACCAAGAAACAUAUAUUUCCUACGUUCCAUAAAUAUCGCACCAUCUUAUUUUUUUUAC